AUGGGCGCUGUCAACCUCGAGCUGAAGAAAUCCGAGCCAGCGGCGCCAAAUACCACCGCCGCCGUUGCCACCAGCGCCAGCGACACCGCCCAGCACCGAUCCACGGUCGCCGCUUCCGUGGCGCCAUAUUCAUCUCCGUCUGCAAUGGUUCGGGGUUGUGGCGCUUCCGAGCGAGGUCCGCGGGGGGCGCCGCCUCCUGACGGGUCUUGCGCCGGGGGGAGAACCGACGCGUACUUCGGGAACCGGGAUAUUGUGGCGGCAUGUCGGGCUCUGAGGACGCUGCCGCACGUCCCCGUAGACGACGCGCCGGGGUCGGGAAGCGCGCCGGUAGCCGUAGGGGCCGGCGCCGUGUCGUUGCCUGGGUUCUCGAUGACGAAAAACGUUGCCGCUCCAACGGACAACGCUGUAACGGUCGAAGCGAGCCAGGAGCCACCUGCCGCCGCCGCCGCCGCCGCCCCUUCCUCCGCAGUCGCCGCUACUGGCCCUCCACGAAUGAGGAUGAUCGACUUUGUGCGUAUGCCGGAAUCGACCCCGUCGCCGCCCGUCGUCCCCGCCGCAUCGCCGCCGCCGCCGCCGCUCCGGCCUCCGUCGCCGGCCGGACCCACCGCGCGCGACAUCUACGCCGGAGCCGCCGUGCAGACGGUGCCGGCAGCGGCAUCAGCGGCGGUGACCGCAACGAACGCUAGUCCUUCUCCCGAUCUCGCGCAUACCGCAGCGCCAGCAGCCUCGAAGACGGGAGCCGCACCGCCGGGGGCCAAGACCCCGCAAACGGCGGCAAAACCCAGGGCGGCGAAAUCGAAGGCGGCGAGAUCGAAGGUGGCAAAGUCGAUGGCGGCGAAGACUAAGGCCAAGGCCCCCAAGGCCCCCAAGGCCCCCAAGCCCAAGAAGCGCAAGAAGGACUGGUGGGUCCGGCGGGGUCCCCCCGGCCAGUCGAGCUUCAAGGGCGUGUGCAUCACCCCGGCGGGGACGUGGAGGGCCGUAAUCUACGUGGACCGGAAGCAGAAGUACCUGGGGGUGUUCGACAGCGAGUUCGACGCCGCGCGGGCCUACGACGCGGCGGCGAGGGUCCACUGCCCCGGGUCGCAGCUGAACAACCCGGACCAGAUCGAGCGCGAGCUGUACGAGCUCAGCGCCGCGGACGGAAAGCCCUUCGCAACGGCGGGAGCGGAGCCGCCGCCGGAGCGACCGCGGCCGCCACCGCCGCCGCCGCCUCUCAGACGACCAUAA